GUCAUGUCAUAACACAUAACACUUUGCAAAAAAGCUGCUUUUGUGAAAAGAAUUUGCAAAGAAAUAAGAAAUUAAAAUUGUUAAGUGGAAAUGGUAUAGUUCUAGUUUAAUAUAUUGCAGAUAUUGUGUGUAUGCAUAAUUCUAUAUUAAUGGAGAAAUCUUUAGUCAUGGAGGACAGAUCGAAUAUCUUACGGCGGAUGAAAGUAUGCCGUUUCUGCCUUUGCAAUGAAGAAGAUAAUUUAUUAAACAUACAAGAAAAACAUCCACAGGACCCUGAUAUUAACAUACCCCUACCUUCUCUAUCGUUACAAAUUAUGGCUUGUGUAUCUAUAGAAGUGCUCCAAAGUGAUGGGAUGCCCCAAUUCAUUUGCAAAGAUUGUCGAAAUAUUACUACACAAGCAUAUAUUUUUAAAACGAAUUGUAAAAAAUCAGACGAUGCUCUUAAACUGUUCCUCCUUACGGGCCAAAUGGCGAAGCCUUACAUGCAUGAUGUGGUUCAAAUUAAAGUUGCACCUGCUUCGGAAAAAUGUAUCUCUAUAGUACAGGAAGAUGAGGAGGUUGAGAAGAAUGAAAUAGUUACUACUACUACUAUGGGGGGAGAAACAAAGAUCAAUAAUGCAGUGGCAGAAACUGAGGAAGCAGUACAUGAUCGCUUGGUUGAGGAAUUUCCAGAAGGCACAAUUGUGGAAAUAGAAAAUGAAACUGUAGAAACGGUAGAAACUUCUUGUUUUCCCUGCAACGAGUGUGACAGAUCAUUUCCAUUACAACAGCUAUUGGAUUUACAUAUGGAAAAACACACUAAGGAAAGAAACUUCGAAUGUGAAGUUUGUCUUAACAAAUUCUACACUAUAUAUGACCUCCAGAAACAUUCACUUAUUCACAAUCCUGAUAAGGGAUUUGAAUGUGGUGUUUGUAAUAAAUCGUUUAAUAGGGUGUCAUUUUUAAGAAAACACGAGAAGAUUCAUAAAGAUGUGGAAUGGCACACAUGUCCUAAAUGUGACAAAUCGUUUAUGUCUAAAGAAAAUUUAAAUUUUCAUAUGCAUGAUCACAAUAAAAGUAGGCCGUUCGGUUGUAAAAUCUGCAACAAGAGUUUUGUUUUUAAACAGGGCUUAGAGCGUCACGAAGUAAUCCAUAGUAACAAUAAGCCUCAUAAAUGCAACUACUGUGACGCUAGCUUCAUUUCAGCCAUCAAACUCACCAGGCACAUUACUUCACACGCUGGUCUUCGACCAUAUCCGUGCAAAAUAUGCGGAAGAACCUUCCUUCUUAGUCACCACUUAACUCGACACAUGCGCAGCCAUUACUCAUCCAAUCCCACAGAAACCAUCAUAGGACAGUACAAGUGCGACAUAUGUAGUAUGGCUUUCCGGAGGAAAGAUUCGUUGAUAAACCACAGUGCCAUACACUCUAUGGUAAAUCUUAAAUGCGUCAUUUGUAAUACUACGUUCGAAACGGUGGAUUUGGUGAAAGAGCAUAUUACUACGCAUUUAGCUAGUCUUCCGUUCCCGUGCGAUAAGUGCGAUUACAGCUUCGAAACUGAAGAACAGUUAGAGGAACAUGAACUGAGGCAUGCCGAGAUGGAAUAUGAAGAACAAAUUGAAAAAGAAGUAUUUUCUGAAAGCAUUAUGCAAAUUACACGGCCGCAUUCUGAAGAAGAAGAUGAAGCGAUGGAGGAAGACGAAGGAACUGAAAUAUCCCAAUUUACAAUGGUCGACAUAAACAAUCCCUCAGCCGGCGUUAGACCAACUAUUACUACCUCCAAGAAUUCUGCCACUGCGGAGGAGAUUGUGGGAGAAUUUUUGAAAGACGAAUUCGACCCAGAAGCGGAACAGUCAAAAGAAGGCGAAGAAGAAGAAGAAGAAGUGGAAGAAGUGCCAAUCGAGCCUCUUAAACCCAUUAUCAGACAAGAAGGAACCAAAGUUUAUCAGCGUAAAAAUAUACAUACGAGGACACUGCCUGAAAUUAGAAUGACUCCUUCACUGGCUGAUCCUAAUCCUAAACCAACAGCUGCUUUACAGGAUAUUGCUACACCUGAUACGAGCACCCAUUCGUUAGGAAAUAAAACUGUCAAAAUGGGAGAUAAGCUGGUGAAAGUUCAGAAAUUUAUUCUGACUACAGAUGAAAUGAAAGCUAUGGCAAAACAAGGAAUAAUAGAGUUAAGAGGGGGACAGGUGGUACUGAGAAGUAAAGGUCAGCAAGUACUUAAUGCCAGCAUUAAAUCAAUUGACAAGAACGAAAUCGACUCAUUGUUGGAUAAAAGGAAUAAGAUUCAACUGAAGAAGUAUGAUAAGAAGGUAGUUUCAUCCGGUACCAGUGAUCGUUAGGACUAUGCUGGUGAAAAGAAACUGCUUAGAUUAGAAUUUAAAUAAUUCUUAGUAUGAUAAUACAUAAGAAAUUUUAUUGCACAGGUUUUAUUCUUUCUACAAAAAUAUAUUGAGAGGUAUUUAUGUGAAGAACAGUGAAUAAGAAUUUGGUUUAUUAUGCAACGAGCAUUUAAUGCUGGUCAUUAUGAUGCAAGUAAGAGGGAUACAUGUAAUGUUUAGAAUACGAGCAUCAUAAUGGCAAUUAAAUGCAAGUUGAAUACAUGAUUUUUUUACGAUCAUUCACAAAAAAUAUUUAAAUUUAUUUAUUUUGUAACAAACAAAUGAAGUAGUUAUAUGAUUAAAUUAAUUAUUUUGUGGGUACAGUUAUAUUUUCAAUAUUACAAUUAUUAAAAUUAAAGUGACGAUAAAUUUUUAAGAUCCCUAUUGUCUUUAGAUAAGUACGAGUAGAAAAAAAAGUUGUAAUGGACAGCCUAAGUCUGACGUCACAAAAUUGGGAGAAGCUUAUAUUUGACUCCAAACAAUUUUGUUUGUAACGUUAAAUGGUCAUAAAGAAUUUUUCAUUUAUGUGCUUUGUGUGGCAAAAUAAGACUUCAUUUAGGUAUUUCGUUAAAGAAACGUGUUAAUUAAGAGAUUUUUAUUCGUUUUUGCUCAGGUGGUUUUUAUUCCUUAGUGGUUGAAAAUAAACAUAACCUCAAAACUGUUUACGUUCUAAUCAUUGCAUUAAAUUACCUGGACAAAAACGAAUAAAAAUCUCUUAAUUGACACGUUUCUUUAACUAAAUAUCUAAAAGAAAAGUCUUAUUUUGUCACACAAACCACGUAAACAAUAAAUUAAAAAUUCCUUAUGAGUGUUAAACAUUAUAAACAAAAUUGUUUGGAGUCAAAUAUACGCUGUGAGCUCGUAGGUAGAGGGGAUAAUUAAAAAUUCGCGAGCGCCAGUAGUGAGAAGUUUGUAAACCUUUACUGGAAAUUUGCUUUUUGACGUUCUGCAUUAAGAGUUGCAUAUUAUAGCUUUUAAAUGUCUCACGAAAGUUGUUGUAUUAAAGAGUGUCGAAAUACUGGUUACAAUAGUAACUGUGUAUUCUACAACUUUCCUGUCGCUAAGCAUAAGGUGAUUCAAUGACAAAAAUGGAUUGAUGCAAUUAGAAAAAAGUAAGUAAACACAAUUUUAAUUUUAAAACGGUAGACACAUUUGAGCUAAAGGAUCAGUUAGCACACUCUCAAAUUUUGACGGUUUCAAUUUUACAAUCCAAUCCUGAAACAAAAUUUGGUCCGAACGAAAAAUCACAGCAAACGUAGGAUGCCGUUAACUGUCAUUCAAAAGUAGGCUUCGUUCAAGAAAAAACCCUCUGGAUUCUGCAAGGAUACUAAUUGAAAGGAAUUUCGAAAUAACCGACCGUUGGCAAGAAGAUUGGGAGCAGGGCCGUAACUACGAUGUUAGGGGCCCCGGAGCAAAGGCGAUCUGGGGGCCCCCUGCCGGGGAGUCUGGGGGUUUACCCCCCAGUGGAAGGCGAGGUCCGGAAAAAUGAUUGAUAUUUAACCCCUUGAAAACGCAUUUUAAUGGAUUCUAUGACUGAAGUUUCUUGAACCUACAUAUUGCUAUUUUAGUUGACCAACACAAAAAAAUUUUGAAAUCACCUUAUUUUUUAUUCGCUUUAAAAAAUUUAAAAGAAAAACCACAAAAUGAACAGAUAGUAAAACAAAAUUAGAAAAUAUAGUGAAACAAUAAAAAGCAAAUUUCUUGAAACUUCAAAACCGAAUGGAAAAAUAUGAAGAUAUGAAGGUUUAUUUAGAGAAAAUGCAGGAAGAGGUAAAUCAGAUUGCUGAGGAGAUACAGAAAAUUGAAAAAGUGGAAGAAAAGUUCAAGAAUGCGGUAAAAUUAGAUAUGGAAAAAGUGGAAGAAAAAUUGACGGGGAUGGGAAAAUGUCAAAAAGGAGGAGACCGUCGGGAAGUAAUUGUAUAUAGCUCUAAUGAGAGCAGAAUCCUUUAUGACGAGGAUAUUAGAAAAGGAUAUCCGGUACCUUCAGCAGUGACACUCUCGAAGGCGAAUACUGUCACUGCUGUUAGAUUUAUUAUGCUGUGGUACUAGUAGGGCUGAUUCCAAUGUGCUCAUUCCAUCUUACACUUACCUUUCUUUUCAAUAUGUGGUACCAUGUGAUUCCGUUCACGUACCAAGAUGUGGUCUGGGGUAAAUUGGUUAAGACAAAGUAGCUGGGACAGAGGGCCGCUAUUCCGGUUGCAUUUUAGUUUUUAUUUCACCAAAAUAACUAUUCCUCAGUAACAAUUUAUAUCUUUACGAAAGGCCUCGUGGGCCCCAGCUUAGCCUCUUCCAAUGGCAUUUUAGGUUUUAUUACGCCGAAAUAACUAAUUUCCUAAGUAUUAAUUUAAAUUUUUAUGUUCAGUUCUAGGGUGCCCCUGUAAGGUCUUUUUAAAUUUGUGUCAUUUGAAAAUAUUUCGUUGGGAUCGGCUUUUAAAAUACAUAUUUUUAUUUUCCUCGUUAAACUCUAUGCACGGUCAAAAAAGGGGAACCUGCGGGGGCCCCCUUCGCCAGGGGCCCCGGGGCACUGCCCCGGUUGCCCCAAUGGUAGUUACGGCCCUGAUUGGGAGAAGAAUGCUCCACCUGACAUCCGAAAUAUGCCAUGUAUUACAAGCAAGCCAGAGGGCUUCAAUCAACCAAGACGGAUCUGGGCUACACUAAAUAGAAUUAGAACCAACUGUGGUAGGUGCUCUGACUCACUUUUUAGAUGGGGAAAAAUACCUUCUCCAAAUUGCGAUUGCGGUGCUGAAAGACAAACGGUUAAGCAUUUGGUGGAGGAAUGCCCCAUCAGAUCGUACAGUGGCAAUUGGUCCGAUUUUUUUAAUGGCGACCAAUGAAUCGAUUCAAUAUAUUUAUCAACAAAAUUUUCGUUUAUAAAAAUUAAUUAUUAUUAUUUUUUAAUGUAUUGUGAUCUUUAUUUUUAUACAAAAACUGUGAUAGAGCCCAUACGCUAAAUAAAUAACUGUCAUUCGUAAGUUAAUAUUUAAGAAGUAUUAUACUAUAAUUAUAUUAAAUUAUUAUACUUUUUUUGCAGAAUAAAUUUUUUCUAAUAUUAGUUGUCAACAUAAACGUCAAAACGAUAAGCAAAAUCUUAAAAAUAAUCAUAAAGAAUAAUAAAUUCUGUACUUACUGCUAUUAAUUAUCGAUUACAAUCCAAUUACUUCUUUUCGUUGUAAAUAUUACACGAUAAGAAUUAAAUAAUAAGUUUAAAACAACUAUUAUUUGCUUUUCUACUGUCCUCUUUAAAAUUCCGGCCGAAAUAAGAACACUAGUCAACCGUUAGAUGGCGAUAGCAGCCCUACCAACCAAACUCACAGAGUAUAGGCAACACUUUUUUCUUUCCAGAAAAUUUCCGGUAAAAGUUAUACUAGUAAUCCUAUAGGUAGGUGGCGACACCAGCGAAGCUCGGAGCGGAUAAGCUCCUCCCAAUUUUGUGACGUCAAGACUUAGGAUGUCCAUUGUGUAGAGAUUUUCUCAAGAUGAAAGAUGAAGAAAAAACCGAUCUUUGUAGUGACAUGGACUCAUCGAAGAACCGAUUUUGUUAUUCCUACUGCAGUAGAAAAAUAGAUUAGAUAAGUUCAUAAUAUUUAUAUCUAGACCCACCUAAUGAUAAUGUAUAUAGUAUAUAAGUAAAAAAUAGCUUCUAUUACGGUUUGAUGCUUGCGCUGAAGCGCGCUGGUGCGCAUUUUGCUUUUGUCACUGCAGUUAACAAACCAGUUUUCACUAGUUUUUGAUCGAUGUGAUAAUUUAUAAGGAACCUCAUAACAUUUUAAGAAAUAUAUUUAGAUUUUAAUGAAUUAAUGAGAUCACUGAAUGAAUUAGAAGAUACAAAAAUGGUUUUCUGUACAGAAUCGUUUUUUUUUUCUUUUAUAUGAUAAUAAUUUAUAAGGGUGAAAGGGGUCAUCCAUAAACUACGUCGUUGAGAAGAUGGAGGGAGGGCUUGCUUAUUACGACGGAGUACGACAGGAGUGCCCAUUCGACGUCGUUUAAUAUAUUUGUAUAUUUAAAUUUGUCACUAUUGUGUCUAUAAAAAUAAUUUUUUACUAGCUUCUACCAGCAUUAAAGUAUCAGAUAUUCAUAUAAAAACGUAUAGUUUUUGAUAUGAAAUUGAAAAUAAAACAAAACGUUUACGAAUAAAUAUACCUUUGUUAAAAUUAAAAAGAAUGAUUCUAUUAUAGAUACUUUUAUCGCAUACUUUUCAUUUCGUUUUUAUCAGUCACGGCCUUAAAAUAAUAUUAGGUAGCACUUUUGUACAGGACAACAAACAGUAAGACAUUGUUCUUUGGGUUUAAAUAAUCGCUUCUAUAUACAGAACAACGUCUGAAAGCAAAAAAAAAUUAAAUUGUUAGUUCAUUUAUGUGUUGCGUACUGUGUGAAACAACAGUUCUGAAAGAACGAAUAGAAAUAAAAUAUUGUUUUCUAUUUAGUUAGUAAGUCGUAUUUAUACUUUAGAAGAAAUGGCAUCAAAAUCAAAACAAAAUAUACAUAAAGAUUUAUAUGAUGCAGUUAAGAAAGCACACCCCGCAAAAUCUUGGUCCAAUGCUAUUUAAAUGCAUUCAUUUUUUUCGAAUACUAAGAAAACUAAGAUUUUUGAAAAAUUUAAACGCAGAUUGAAAGACUGCAUUAUUGCCGAGGGCCAAAAGUUCCUGAAAACAUAUAUAAUGUUUAUUUUAAUAAGUUACAGGGGUGAAAAAAAAAGAGAAAAUUUUGUCUGAUUUUUCAUUUCAAAUAUUUCAUUCAAAAGAAACCUUUUGUUUAUUCUAAGGGACUUUCAACCCUCGGUAAUAAUGUAAUAUUUUAUUCUGCGUUUAAAUUUUUCAAAUAUAUUUAUUAGUUUUCUCAGGAUUCGAAAAAAAUAAUGCAUUUAAAUAGCAUUGGACCAGAUUUUACGCCUACCCCCUCAUAUUUGAUUAAAAAAAACAGAAAUAAUAUUGAUUUUUUUUUAAAUCAAUGAAAGGGGCGUCGUGAGUUGCAACGACGACGUCGACAUGGGGGGUCAUCUCUAAACGACGAAUUACGACGGAGGGGAGGGAGGGUAUUAAAAAGUUCAAAUUUUUACGACAUAGUUUAUGGAUGCUCCCAAACCUGAUAUUUAAGAAUACAAACGCAAUAGAGAGAUAUGAUAUAAUUAUGUAUAUUUUGUCAGUAGCAGUUUUCAUCAUGUACAUCUGUACAAAUUAUGUAUGUAAUAAUAAUGAUAGCCUUACGUUUUCAUUAUCUCAUAAUUCCCUAUUGGGUGAAGAGCAAAGGAUUUUAAGACAAUAGCCAAUACAUAUAAGUACAUAUUUUAUAAUGAUAAUUUGUAGAGUUAAAUUAACUUCAUUAGUGGGUAUCUGACUGUUAAGUAUUAAUAAAAAUUAAGCUCUUAA